AUGGAGCACAUCCCCCGUAUUUAUGGCCCUAAGCUCCAGACUGCCAACCUCACAGUGCCCUAUUUAUCUGGUUCCUGGCGAUAUGGGAACCAGAUGAAGGGCUUUGAGAGGUUCCGACUGUUUCCUGUGCAACCUGGAAUCAACGCCAAACUCAGUAAUGGAUGUCUCAACAGCCUCUCCAUUGAAUUCCUGCAGGGAUGGCUCUACUUCGGUCUGCUUGCCGAAGCAUUCGGCACGGCAGAGAUGAAAUUUGACCCAGAUCAUUACACCGACCGCUCUGCCUACACAGCGUUUGUCACGACCAAGAAGCUGAAUCGAUAUAUUUGGUAUCCGGCUGCUGACGAGAUUGACAUCACUCGGCGAGCCUCGAUAAAUGUCUUGAGCAAUGCCCACGGCAGUGCGCCACCAUAUUGCCAGCUUUCUUAUGUCCAGAAUCUUGUCAACGCACUGUACCUGGAGUCCUCGGGCCCUGUGAAGUGCUGGCUCGACACCGUCUGCAUCCCAGUCGGCGACAGACACUCCCCCUUCCGACGAAUCGCUAUUAACCGCAUGCACGAGACGCUCAGGGCUUCCGACAAAAUCCUCGCUCUGGACAACACGCUCAUGACUCAGCGCACAGAUACAGGCAUGAACUGGGUCGAGAUGAACAACGCAUCAAGGCCGUUGGGCGAAGAACUCCUCUUCCAGUUCAAUGACGGCCCAGUCUCAUCGAAUUUUGUCUUCGACCGCUCCUACGCGGAGCGGAAUAUCCUAGCCGUAUCUAGCAUGCUUGAAGGCAGAGGGCUGCAAAACGUGCUCGACGAACCGAAUGCAAUUCGUCUUGCUCGUGCAUUGACCCUCUUACCACGAGACUCAGACUCGAGCUCGAGCUCAAACUCAGCGGCCACAAAAGCAUACGAGAUCUGGAUGCCAAUUGUAGAAAAUGCCGGCUACAUUUCGGAUCUCUCAGAAAUAGACGACGACCUAAGCUUUAACAUCCAAGCGCGCGUCUUCUGCCCUGUAACUAAGCACUCCAACCUCAGCACGCGGGACAUCCGUGACGAGUUCCGGCUUAGAAACAUCAUCUCCAAGCGUGAAGACUCAAGGGCUACAGGGACUGAAUACGACUAUCAUGCCUUCUUCGAAGGUGUCUCUCUUGGCUUCCGCGGACGAACGGCAAGCAAAGCCGAAGACGAGACGAUCUGUUUCGGACACAUGCUGGGAAGCGAUACAUCGCAAAUUACGGCCAUCAAGCCGUUAAAGCCGAGAGUAAAGUACUGGCUUACUCUGAUUGAAACGAACCCGCUGCUCAAUGCAGCCGCUUGGGCUUUGGGGAUCGACGCGCGUGCGAGGUUGAUGGAGUGCCGGGUGAAGAGGAUGCAGACACUACUAACGUAUAUUGGAAGGAUGCCUCUGACAAUUCUUCUCUGGAAAUUGCCCCUGAACCAGUCUGUAGGGUGGAAAUGGGCGCCAAUAUCGCUAUUAGAUACCGGCUCUGGCUCCCAGGGGGAGGGUGCCUGGUCGAGUAACGAGCGCGGUUUAGUUAAACCUGAUGGCCUGCUCGUCUCUCUCCCGGCAUUACGACUGAAGACACCUGCAGCUGAUAAAUCCAGGACAGCAGACCUAGGAAUAAUUCUCCUCGGACCCGUCUACGUCACCGUCACUACAGAGGAUGAGGGCGUUGGUCCCGUUGGCGGUGAUAUAACAACUUUCAAAAUCCAUCUCCACUCUGUGCCAUCUGAAUGGGGACGAUAUUGA